AUUGAGAGUUGUAUCUAACCCACAAUAGUCUCGUGUGUGUUUUGUUCUGUUAUAUUUUCGCACAUUGGUUUCUGCAGAGUGAAGGAGUCUAGGGGGCCCAGGAAAAGCAGUGUAGGGGGUAGGCGGUACAGCUCGAGCUGUGCGGUGGCAGAGUCGGUGACAGAGGUACAGCAGUAGCCCAGCUGCGCGUGGAGGGCACAGCAGACAGAACGGAGCAGAACGGGGAGCCUGGGUGGAACGUGCCGCGCGCAUGACAGCUUCAAAGGAACGCAGCGCCGCGCGGCAGCACACAAAUUGAGCCCGCUAAUCUGAACCCCAGCACCGCUCUUGUCAAAAGAAACUGUGUGAAAUAACCCUCCUCAUGCAGAUCAGCUUCUAAACUAGGGCAGGCUUUAUCCCUCAUCUGUUCCGCGUCGCCGCCGACCAGAGCCUCAUAGUCAGCAGUGGAUAGUGCAGGAAUGAAGUGGACCGCAUAGCAAGAAAUCAGGCGAUAGGCUACUGCACCUUGGCUUUCUCCUUUUCACUCAAAACGUGACACAGUCUGGAACUAUCCAGACGUUAUUUUUUACUAUUUCAACAAUACUGAGGAUAACACCUAGUUUGCACUUCCUGAACGAUUGGAGACCGCAAAGGAGAUCUUUUUACCCAGACAAAUUUAUUUGGAUGACCGGCUUUCCAAGUGGCUUUUUUAUUGGAUUCUCAACUACUUGGACUUUAAUCUCAAAAUCUCUGAUUGUUAUCCGUCGUUGCAUGAAUAGGGUAACGGUGAAAAAAAAUAACCGAAGAAAAUCGGAGAAAUCGAAGUUCAGUUCUGUAAGUACGUUACAUAUGAGUUGACUAUGUUUAGUUCCCCGCCACUCCUGCUAGAACCGUAGCCAGCCCCUGUGGUAGAGAAGUUGUUUAGCUUCUCUCUCCCUCUGUGCGCGAACACUUAGAGCUAACACCCCUUUCUAUGUAGUAGAUCGCCUGGAAAGAUACACAAAAAUAGAGCGUUCUCCUUCACCCCCGCCUCGUACCAACAGGCGGUUCUGGUCUAAGGUUCUCCAGAGAAUGGUAAAUGGCCGAUGGGGAAUCAUGAACAGCACUUUGGAACUCGAAGAUGGACCACGGCAUAAAAAACAGACAUUCUGUGAGUGUGUACCCAGCUCCUCCCAGAUCAAACACCGCUGGUCAGACUCAGACACAGUCAAAGAGACCCCCUCACCCACGAAGAGGAUGAGCUGCAGCUACCUUCUGUGCACCAUCCUCCUGUUCGUAGCCGUCCUACUCGCCGUCACGGUAACCGGCACCAUCCUCUUCAUGAACCACAACCAGGCCCCGCCCAUGUCCGACGGCCCUCCCCACAUCUCCACCAAUCAGGACGAGGCCAACGCCCUGGUCACCGUGGAAAGGGGCGAUGGCUCGCGCAUCAACAUAUUUAUUGACCCCAACUGUCCUGACUACAAUGGGAACUUCCUGCGCCUGGAGGGGGUGCAGACAUCGCUGCUCCACUCGCUGACUGACCAUGACGCUGACCUGAAGUCUGUCAAAGGUCAGGACCGGGCACUGCUGGUCAAUCUAGCUGAAGAGGUGGCCAAACUGUCGGCCCACGCUGGUCAGCUGAAAAUGGACUACGAGUCUCUGAGGCGAGGCCAGGGGAGUUUGGGACAGGACCUGAACACACUGCAGACAGAGCAAGGACGUCUCAUACAGCUGCUGUCCGACUGCCAGAUCAACAUGGUGAAGGUGGUGAACUCUGUGAGCGACGCUCUCAACUCCAUGCAGAAGGAGACGGGUGGACUGAAGGCUCGUGUCAAGGCUGACCUACAGCGGGCACCGGUCAGAGGCGCUCGCCUCAAAGGCUGUGCCAACGGCUCUCGUCCUCGUGACUGUGGCGAUCUGUAUGCUAACGGGCAGAGGGAGGAUGGCAUCUACUCUGUGUUUCCCACUCACUACCCCUCCGGCUUCCAGGUCUACUGUGACAUGACCACGGACGGAGGGGGCUGGACGGUGAUCCAGCGAAGGGAAGAUGGCUCAGUCAACUUCUUUAGAGGAUGGGACCCCUACCGCGAGGGAUUUGGAAAAAUCACUGGAGAACACUGGCUCGGGUUGAAGCAGAUCCAUGCUCUCUCCAUCCAGGGCAAUUAUGAGUUGAGGAUUGACCUGGAGGACUUUGACAACAGUACAGCCUAUGCCCAGUAUGGGAUGUUUGGAGUUGGCCUGUUCUCUGUGGACCCUGACGAUGACGGAUACCCACUGACUGUUGGAGAUUACUCUGGAAAUGCAGGCGAUGCUCUGCUAAAGCACAACGGAAUGAAGUUCACCACCAAAGACAAGGACAACGACCACUCGGAGAACAACUGUGCCUCCUUCUACCACGGUGCCUGGUGGUACCGUAACUGCCACACGUCUAACCUGAAUGGACAGUACCUCCGCGGGCAGCACACCUCCUAUGCCGACGGCAUCGAGUGGUCCACCUGGACCGGCUGGCAGUACUCCCUCAAGUUCUCCGAGAUGAAGAUACGGCCCACUCGCGACGAGAGCAAAUGAGAAAAAUGAGGGGAUAAAAGAAGAAAAAGAGAGGAAAGGAAUUUGAAGGAAGAAGGUGCUCAUAAGAAUAAAUAUAAAACCCCACACUCAAAAGACAGCUAUAGGCUGUGGUUCCUGUUCAGCUAUUGUUUGCUGACUGACUAAAAGGACAUCUUUGAUUGGUAUACUACUAUUGUCUACGUUUCUCUGUGGAACCCUAAUCCCUUCCCCCUGCCCCGCCCCGCUUGCUGUGCCCUCUGCUAAUCCCUCGUCGCUCGUUGCGUACUGUUGUGCUGAGGUUUUUCGUGCCCCCCCACCCCCAUUAUCCUUAUCCUUCAUCACUAUCAUUAGGAGAUUUGUUGCCAAUGAUUUUGAGUGUUUCCCUCCUGUCAACGACCACACCGCGACACGAAAUGAAUCUUACUCACUCUUACUUCACAGGAGUUUGUGGCACGUUUAACUGGGGGAGAACGGGCUUGUGGUAAUGACUGGAGCGGAGUCAGGGGAACGGUCUCAAAAACCAUGUGUUUGAUGCCAUUUCAUUUGUGCCGUUCCAACCACUACUAUGAGCCGUUCACCCCCUCAGCAGCCUCAACUGUCUUACUUACGUCUCUCUUUCUUGCGUUAUUUACAUCUAGUCAUCAAUCAAUGAUCUGUCUUUUCUAUCUGAGCCUUGACCUUGACCUCUCUCCUGUGAUAGUUGCACCUUGUAGCCAGUAGUUCUAUUCCCACAGUCCUUUACUGCGUUGUUUCCAGUCAGCGAAGUAUGGUGUGACCUUUGAACAAGUGGCUGAGUCAGAACAGGAGAUGUGACAUUACAGUUAGAGAACACACACACACACACACAAAACUCUGUACCCUGAAGCUACAGUAUUACCAUGACACAGCAAAACUCAGUCUGUCACCCAAAGGGACUUGGCUGUAUUGGCCUUCCAGUCAGGAGACAUGCUAAAAUGGCACAAUCCACAGUACCUCACCACCCACUGCUUAAGCAUCCCUUUAUUAAAGAUAUGCUCUGUGGGAUAACAAGACAUUGGAAUGGGAAUGGUGUAGAGGGAACGGUUGAAAUAGAAGGAGACAGAGCUAGACAUAUCAAACAGAGGGGUGAGAAGGGAAUUACUAAAUGAAAAGGGGAAUAAGAUAGACAGAGUGAGAAAAAUGAGGAGAUCAAAUAGAGGGGUGAGGGAGCGAUCGACAGAGAGAUCGGGGGGGGGGGGGUGGAUGGAGAUCAAAUGGAGGGGGGAGGGAGCGAUCGACAGAGAGAUGGGGGUGUGGAUGGAGAUCAAAUGGAGGGGGGAGGGAGAAGGGUAAAUGAGAGGGAGCAGAUAUCAUUAAUCUGACUGAGGCCAUUAGGGAGCAUAUUGGGCACUUUGUCUGAUCAGCCUGCCAGCUGAUCACCAGCCAAGUCACUGCUACGACAGAGCCCCAGACGUUAACUCCUCAGUGUGUGUGUGGAUGUGUUUAACUAUUCUUGUGGGGACCAGAAGUCCCCACAAGAAUAGUAAACGGAACAUAUUUGACCAACUGGGGACAUUUUGUUAGUCCCCACAAGGUCAAAUGCUAUUUCUACGGUGUUUAGGGUUAAGGUUGGAAUUAGUGUUAGGGUUAGAAUUACGUUAAGGGUUAGGAGCUAGGGUUAGUUUUAGGGUUAGGAGCUAGAGUUAGGUUAAAGGUUAAGGUUAAGUUUUUGGGGUUAAGGUUAGGGUUAAGGUUAGGGUAAGGGUAAGACUAUUUGAGCUCCCACUCAGACAGAUAGAGAGCCUAUGUAAAUGUGAUAAGGGUUAUCAUGUUCACAUUGGUAGUAAGUGAAUGUAGCAGGCAGCAGUAUGGAAAAGAGAAGGAAGAGAGUGUGGUGAAGUUGCAAGGGGACCCUUGGGGCCAAAAGUAGAAAGAAAGAAAGAAAGAAAGCAGGAAAGAAAGAAAGAGAAAGCCACCUUUCAGAGACAGGAGUGACAUGACAAGAGAGAAAAAUCUGUUUGUCAUCUCUUCCUUUAGGAAAGUAAAGCAUGUUUUAGCCUUUACCCCCACGGUCACAACAUUAAAUAGUCCCCUACUCUCCUCAGCAUUUUAACUCUACGCCUGUGUUUUCGCAAUCAGCUGUAACCGGUAGAACCUAUCUAACCCAUUGAUGUACACAUGCACAUGCAGCUACAUACACACAUUAUGUCUCUCUCUCCUCCUUUAUGUUCUAUUUCAUCCAUAUCUCAUGUAAGAAAAUGUCCACCCCCCCCCUCUCGGUUUCUCUGUCUCCCCUCUCUCCCUUUCUCCCCAUCUCCUGUAAUGUUUUCUCUUCUGUAAUCCACCCAUGUCUAGCUGAAUGCCUAGGUUUUCUGCCAGGGUGACGCAGGCUCUUGUCUUCUGGCUCUAGCAGAGAAACUGUUGAUGUAAAAUACAGUUUGCUGCUAUCGACCGAUCCCUCAACCUGGAUUUUCUUUCUUAAUAGCUCAAAAACGUGUUUCGUGAAUGACGACAACAAAAAAAUAUGUUUGUCUGUACGGUAUUAUAAAAAAAGAAAAAAGAAAAACACAGAGAAGUUUUGCUAAUUUGUGGGGAUGAAAUUGUGCAAUUCUGAAUAUUUUUUAUAUUUGGUGUAUCAACUGUUUUUUUUCUCUCUUCAUUUUUUUGGUUUUGUUAUGGAUUUUCUUAGAUGUACUGAAAGCUUUAAAGAUAUGUGUAGAUUUAUUGUACAGUGUGUAUGACUUUUAGAGCAUGUCCUACUGUUUUCAUCCUAUGCCAAAAGACAAACGAUAACUCAAGCACACAGACUUUACACGUCUUUACACAAGUCAAAAGAAGAAAAGAAAAAACUCAUCUCGAGCCGGUACUUCUCCUCAUUUACCGGACUGGGCACCAGUGGAAGUGUGGCCAGCUAGACUUUUUGGAGAGGAGCAAGUGAGAAGAGGAGGGGCAUAGUAAAGCACACGAGGACACAUCCGCCUUGAUCGACAGCACAAAUUGAUCUUUACCGAAGUGAUAACAAUGGCACGUCUGGUGGCUCUGCUUUCUCUGUUCGACAUUGUGUUGUGGGACACUUUUGAUCUAUUCGGACAUGUUGGCUCUACCAGACAUACUGGUUCUAUGGGAUGCACCAGCUCUGGAGGACAUGUUGGCUCUACCAGACAUACUGGUUCUAUGGGAUGCACCAGCUCUGGAGGACAUGUUUGAUCUGCCCUGGCUGCCAAUGGACAAACAGGCAUUACAGUGAGACACUGGGCUGUGUGUUUUGGAUGGACUGGUGCUUGGAUCCUUCUUCCACUACAGGGCAGUCUAUUGACUGCAGUAUCGGCAGAGCCUCGGCUCUAUGCAGCCAACCAUCCACAAAAACCUGCUCCGACUCAGUCAGAGUGAGCACUGCUCACUGUGAUGUCAGCUCAGCUCUCCGGGAGUCCUGUGGUGGUAAGACUGUGCCAGGACUCCCGCCACAUCUACAGUCUGCCUCUUCUACCGCUACCCAGCGCUGCAGCUAAACAUCAAAGAACCGGCUGUGUGCACAGCAACCACGCGUUAUCAACACUAAUCGUGUUACCAUGGAAACAGAAUUACAUGGGAGCUUUCGAUGUUGAAAAUUUGUGUCGGCUUAGAAUUAAUAGUGAUUUAGACGUACAUUAUGAUUUCAAAUGUGGUUGGUGCCGAAUUGAAAUGGUGAAACUUGUAAAGCUGAAGUUUAAUGAGGUACUGGAAUGAGUCAGACUGAUAUCGUGACGUGACUGGCUGACUUAGAUUACAUGGGUUCCUCUUUCUGUGUGUCUGAUUGCAUUUAGAAGGGCAGCUAAAUUUGCAUAUUUCUUUCCCCUAAUGGUCUUUUCAGGCAGACCAAUCACAUGAGAUCUUUUCACAUCAGCUUUUUUUCAGAGCUGAUCCAACUGGCCAAAGGACCAAUUCGUGAAAAAAUAUCAGAAUUGGUCUGCCUAUCUAUACGCAGACUCUGUAUGUGUGAGAGUGUGCGCUUCAGUGAGAGAGAGAGAGAGAGGAAGGGGGAGGAAUUCAUCAAAGUUAAUGUGAUGCUUAUGUAUAACUUGCCUCCCUACUAUUUGUGUUGAUAACAGAGUGAUAUUAAUAAAUCAACGAUUAAUUAAUGUGAUAACCAAUUCCAUAGAGUGGCUCACCCCCUUCAGGUCAUGUGUUGAACUGCGCUGCUCAUUUUAACCCUCAACUCUACUCUCCCAUGUACAAUCUUCACUUGAGCAUCAAAUAUUGCACAUAAUAUGUUCUAUCAAUGUAUUGUAAACCCUACAGUCUUUUUUUCCAAACCCCCUCCAUCCCUCCUCCACUUCUCUCAUUUUCUGUCUGCUGUUACAAGCACCAUCCACCUCCCUCCUCUCUGCUUAAAGGUGAACUGCAUUCACUGAUUCCGCAUGUGUUUUUCGUCCAGUGCUCAUUAAGAAAUGCAGUUUCCAUUACUGAAGCACAAACAAGAGUUGUCUUUGGGGUGUGGUUUAAUGUGGGUGUUUCUUGGGAGUGUCUUUUAGUAAGGAGGUGGACGAAGAUCACUGAAGCAUUGAUGCUUUCCAGGAAAUUCUGUCAUUACUCAAGGUUUUGAUCACCAUAGUGUACACUAGUGACACCUGUUGGUCAAAAUAAUUUACAGCAGCCACAUUAUUAUACAGUAGUUGAUGUCCCACACACUGUAGCGAGUGUAGAGAGUAACCUUUUUGUCUUCUACCGAAAACAGCACCAAACCAUCAGGUGGUUGUUCGAUGAAUCAAAGCUUCGGACGUCAUUGAUCACAUGCCUUUGAUAAAGUUAUACAAGUAAAGUCUUAGCGAUUUCAACAAACAAACAAGGUCAGUAGUGAGUAAUUUAGUGAUAGUGAGGUAAGCUAAGAUAGCUUUGCUAUGGAGAGAAGUGACUCACCAUCUCAAGAUGAUCUACUAAUUCAGGUGUAUGUGUAGGUUAUAGCCUGCGCUGACCUUGUGUUUAACCAAUCAGACAGCAGCUAGAUAGCUAGAUAGCUUGGGGAUAGCUACAGCUACAGCUGGCUAGCCUAUCUAGCUAGCUGAUGUUCCUCUGUCACAUCACAGUUAUGCCAAGAUAGCAAGAAGUACCGGUGUCUGGAAUGUGUUUCAUGACACACUCGUUCCACAACACCUUGCUACGAAAGUAGCUUGCAACUGGAAGUGUUGUCUCGUCACGUGUUCCUAUGGACACGAUAUCAACAACUGCGAGUUGAAUGCCCUUGUCUUCAGUCAACUAAGUUGUCAACACAAUAUUCGAGAAGAUGCUAGUUUGGUCUCAUCCCGUCUCUGUUUACUCCAGCUUUUAGAUCUUUCCUAGGGCACAAAUCCCCAAACUAAUAUCCCUACAGGUGUAGGCUACAUGUGGACAUUGCACAAACAUGGCCAGCUUGAGUGUAGAUACAUUUAUCAACAACAAAAUCGAUGCCCACGCUUGUGUUACAAAGACAAAAACGUGUUCUACUGCAAAUAGGCUAUCAUAUCGAUAUGCUUAUAAAGACAGUAUGCCUACACUUUACCUAGCAAAAGAAAAUAAGUUGUGCGUCGAGGACAACCGCAGAUAGAACAAGGAGCAUACAAAUAUGUGGUACAACUUCAGCUGCGCCAGAAAUAGAGUGGCAUUCUAUUAUAUUUAAAUGGUCUAAUUUAAGGACUUGGCUGUCUAACCACACCCUGACAUUUACAGCUCUCUGGGUGAGAUCCUGUCUUCAAGUCUCCAGUGUGUAAUGUAGUCCCUUCCAUCUAUAUAAUGUAUUACAGGUUAUGGACAGGUGCAUGGGUUCAGCAGGCAGAGUUCAAUAAAUACAGGCAGAUGUGAAACGCAGGAAGAUGCCACUUGUCUCAUACCACUCAUACCACUCUGUAGGUAGCCUACAGAGUAAUAUAAAAUUGCUGAACUUACGUAGAUAUUCCAAACAAAGUAUUUUGAUACCUUUCAAGCGUAACAGUUCCAUGCAGAAUAUACAGUCCUUCACAUAAUACUGUUGUUUAAGGUUCUGAACAAACAAAGUUAAAAAAAAAAUCACAGAUGACUAGAAAAAGCUCAAACCAAGUGUAUUCACCCACUGGGUCACACAGCUGCAAAGACAAAGACAUGAUUACACAAGCACAUAUAUUUAUACCCUCCUACUAGGCCGAAUCAACUUCUUGCACAUCGAGACAGCCAAUACUUUACUGUAUGUGUGUGGGAUAGGACUUCAUCUGACCUGACCACUGGCAGAAUUUAUUACUCCUCUCUAAUCUAUGACUGUCCUACCGUAUUAGUGACUGAAACCAGACUGUUGUCAUUUGCCUCCCUCCAUAGGAGCCAUGAAAUUUGACAGUAACAUGUUUGACAGAAUGUAAACUUCAUGCAAUCCCCCUUGUCUCACUCAGUAACAUUCCAUACACCUAGGUUCUAUCCACCCUCCAUGGACCCCAACAUAUAUAUGAAUUAUUAAUGUAAAGUAAGCAAUGAGUUCAAGUAUGGUAACAUGACUAAGUAUAUUUCAAACAUCAACCCAACACUGUAGAAGUAGUGUUCUGCUAUUAUAACAAUGUGAAAGUAUUACACUUGUUUUUCAUCUUCUAUUGUUAUUUACAGCCUACACAGAUACUGUACCUAUCACCAUUUUGUCUGAUAGUACAUGUUAGUCAUCAUCCUUUCGUAUGGUGUCCCAUAUACAGUGCCUUUGGGAAAGUAUUCAGACCACUUGACUGUUUCCACAUUUUUUCACGUUACAGCCAUAUUCAAAAAUAGAUUUUAGACAUUUUUGAAACUUUUUGCAAAUGUAUUAAAAAUAAAAAACAGUAUUCAGACCCUUUGCUUUGAGACUCGAAAUUGAGCUCAGGUGCAUCCUGCUUCCAAUAAUCAUCUUUGAGAUGUUUCUACAACUUGAUUGGAGUCUACCUGUGGAAAAUUCAAUUGAUUGGACAUGAUGGAAAGAAACACACCUGUCUAUAUAAGGUCACACAGUUGACAAUGCAUGUCAGAGCAAAAACCAAGCCAUGAGGUAGAAGGAGUUGUCCGUAGAGCUACAAGACAGGAUUGUGGCGAGACACAAAUCUGGGGAAGGGUACCAAAACAAUUCUGCAGCAUUGAAGGUACCCAAGAACACAGUGGCCUCCAUCAUUCUUAAAUUGAAGAAGUUUGGAACCGCCAAGAUUCUUCCUAGAGCUGGCAACCCGGCCAAACUGAGCAAUCGCGGGAGAAGGGCCUUGGUCCGGGAGGUGAACAAGAACCCAAUGGUCACUCUGCCAGAGCUCUAAAGUUCCUCUGUGGAGAUGGGAGAACCUUCCAGAAGGACAACCAUUUCUGCAGCAUUCCACCAAUCAGCCCUUUAUGGUGGAGUGGCCAGACGGAAGCCACUCCUCAGUAAAAGGCACAUGACAGCCCGCUUGGAGUUUGCCAAAGGGCACCUAAAGACUCUCAGACCAUGAGAAACAAGAUUCUCUGGUCUGAUGAAACCAACAUUGAACUCUUUGGACUCAAUGCUAAGCUCCACGUUUGGAAGAAACCUGGCACCAUCCCUACGAUGAAGCAUGGUGGUGGCAGUAUCAUGCUGUGGGGAUGUUUUUCAGUGUCAGCGACUGGGAGACUAGUCAGGCUUGAGGCAAAUGAGGCAAAUGAAUGGAGCAAAUUACGGAGAGAUCUUUGAUGAAAACCUGCUCCAGAGUGCUCAGGACCUCAGACUGGGGCGAAGGUUCACCUUCCAACAGGAUAACGACCCUAAGCACACAGCCAAGACAAUACAGGAGUGGCUUCAAGACAAGUCUGAAUGUCCUUGAGUAGCUUAGCAAGAACCUGGACUUGAAUUUCUGGAGAGACCUGAAAAUAGCUGUGCAGCAAUACACCCCAUCCAACCUGACAGAGCUUGUGAGGAUCUGCAGAGAAGAAUGGGAGAAACUCCCCAAAUACUGAUAUGCCAAGCUUGUAGCGUCAUACCCAAGAAGACUCAAUGUUGUAAUCACUGCCAAAGGUGCUUCAACAAAGUACUGAGUAAAGGGUCUGAAUACUUAUGCAAAUGUGAUAUUUUCAUUUUUCAUUCUUUAUACAUUUUCAAGCAUUUCCAAAAAAACAGUUUUUGCUUUGUCAUUAUGGGGUAUUGUGUGUAGAUUGAUUAGGGGAAAAUAAUUAUUUUAUCAGUUUUAGAAUAAGGUUGUAACAUAACAAAAAGUGGAAAAAGUCAAGCAAUCUGAAUACUUUCCAAAGGCAAUGCAAGAUGAUUCUCUGAGAUAUUCCCCCACCAUUCAAUUCAAUAAUAACAAAAUAUGACAAAAGUCAUCCAUGUGUCUUGUAUAACAUUAAUGCUGAGUGCAAGGUCUCUCCCAGUUCAGACAUCUGUAUCAACCUGUAUUUUAGUCAUGGGACUCCAUCUGUUGAAAAACAAGGUAGAGUUGAUACACACAGCACUGGAUACAUUAUCAAUGGUUGUAAGGUGAAUUCCAGGACAGACAAGUGAUAGUAUUCUUGCCUAUGACCAGAUCAAAUGUGGGAUUGUUGCCUGGCCACGUACUGCCUAAGCCUUCUGCUUCUGAUAUGGUAGGGGGGUUCACACGUCACUGUUGAACAACAAAUCCACCAGGUUUUGUAAGUAACCUGUGAAUGAAAUUAAAUAUCAUCACUUAACAUAACAUAAAGCACGGAAAAUAACUUUUCUCUCAUUUGGAAGUAAUUAUACUAAUAGAGUGACCGUAAGUACAGAAUAGAUUCAGGAUAGUGAAGCUGAGCCUUUACUAUUGUCCUGUUGAAAACAACUGGUAACUCGGAAUUCGAAAUUCUUCUACUUCCGACUUCAGUGCGUUCAAGACAAGUGGGAACUCGUCGGAAUUCCAAGUCGGAAAUGUGGCCAUGUUUCUAGAGCUCCGACUUUCCAACUUGAAGAUCACUGACUUCAUGAUUUGACCUUCUUUUUUAAGAGUUCCCAGUUGUCUUGAAAGCACCAUACGCAACCAGCUGUGCAACAUUACAAUGCUGAAUGCUUGCUGACAUACAUUUGUAGCAUGUUAGCUAAAAAGACUGGAAUUCAGGCUAGACAAGUAGCAUCCUUUAUUUUUGCCAGAGGAAAAUACACACAGUAAAUUGGCCAGUGUUACCAAGUGUUGGUUUUCCAGUGUAACAUUUCUAGUCUAAGAGUAAAAUUAACACGUCGUGUAUAAGAACGCAUGUGUUGGUGUUAAUAACCAGCAAUGAGGGUGAUAGUGUGACUGUUUUACUGAGUGAAACAUUCCCAUCAAAACCACGCCCAUCAUUAUGAUAUUUCACAGCAUGCAUUAUUGCAGCUCAAUUUUGGAGGGGAAAUUGUGUUUUUGCAUGUACAUUGAUUGACUGAUGAAUCUUUUGCUACAGAAAGAUAAUUAACAUAACUGUUUCUAAACUAGUCUAAGUUACUAAGCUAAGUUACUUACAUGUAUUUAUCCCGGUACCUUAAUGAUUGUUCAAGUUUAAAUGACUUUAGGUAGUCUCCUUAUAGCGCUGUUCUUAAUACCAACAGUCAUUUUGAAUGCAGGUUACAUGUGAAUAAAAAUUCCAACCAUUGUCUGGGCUAACUCUGCCUGGAUUCUAAAUGGAAUUACCCAUCUGCCAUUUCCAGCUACAAUAGUAAUUUACAACAUUAACAAUGUCUACACUGUAUUUCUGAUCAAUUUGAUGUUAUUUUAAUGGACAAAAAAACAACGGCAUUUCUAAGUGACCCCAAAUUUUUUAACGGAGUGUACUUUUAUAAGAAAAGUUUAGCACUAAUUGCAGAUGAAGCAACAGAAUACUAGCUAACCUAGCUCUUGAUCAUGACUCCAGUUCCAUAGCAAAGGCAGAAUUCCGCCAUGGACUGAGUUAUCGAAAGCAAGCAUUGACCCAAACAACAUGCAUGUUCUCAUAAAAGUAUCAAGCUACCUAACUUGCAAAUCUGGGUUAGUUAUCUGUAUCUUUGUCCGAGUUUAUAUUAAUUGCCUAGCUAGCUAACGUUAGCUAGCAUAGGGAGGUUCUUAGCUAGCCAGUUUGAGUUGAAACGUAAUCGAUAGCAAGCUGGCUAAAUUUACAUCCUAUCAAACCUGGUCAUCAGAUGCAAUGUUAACUAUGCAAAUCUUCCUCUAUGACAUUACAUAACGUUACACAAUCAGGAGAGGCUAUGUAUUUACCUAGUUAAAUCACAGUAUAACAGUAUCAUAGCUAGCUAGUUAGCUACUCACCACAUACCAGUCACAGCCAUCAUGUACGUUUGUUGCAUUUAAUCCAUUCCUUGCCAUCUAGACAUCAUCAUUGGCAAAAGUGGGCAUGUAAUCCAUACCCAUCCCAUCCAUACAUGUUGUGAUGCACUCACUUCCAAACCUCAUUUUUGGACAAGACUGACUUAAUUACCAACAUUAUCAUAUUUACACUUUGUUGUCAAUUUUGACACUGUAGUUAAUGUGUUUGUGUCAUAUCGGUGCCACAUAGGCCAUUUACAACCAGAGAAGUUGGUUCGAGAAGGCAGUUCUCCUUUAAACUCAAGCUCUAUCUUGACUCCAGCAUUAUAAACAGAAGUUGGGAUCAUUCAGAGUUAUCCCUUUCUCCCACUCAUUAUCAUCAGCGUCAGCAGAGUACUGAUCAAUCCCCCCAUUCCCUCACCCAUCUCACUCCUCCUUGUUUCCAUUCCCCCUCCAUCUCACAUGCUCUCCAUUUCCCUAACCCCUCCAUUUAUCCCACCUCCUCCAUCUCUCCAUUCCCCAAACCCAACCUCCCUCAGUCCCAAGCUCCCUAGUCCCCAUCACAGAACCAACUCUUCUUUCAUUUUUCUCUCUCGUGAAUAUAGAUUGUUUUGUGGAAUCUUGAUACUGUGUUUUAAUGUUCUUGUCAACAUUUAAUAAACAUUCACAUUUUA